ACGGUUUUUUUGCGUCGUCGACCGGCUGCGAGCUGGAAGGAGGGAAGAUCAUGGCUGCUCCAGUGUAUCUGGGUGAGGGUUCGCAGGUUCGUGGUGGAGAUCCAUACUUCACAGAGAUCAUCAGCAAGAGGAUGCGAGUACCAGAUCGCCUGAGUGUCGGCCAUGGAAUCCUGGCUGAGGAACAGAGGCCUGAGGAUCUACUUCCUGUCUACAGCAUGCAUGUACCAGACAGACUGGCCUUAACAGAUGCUCCUGACCUCAGUCCACGGCCACUGUUCUCCAAGCAAAGUGCCUCGUCAAUGUGGGAUCUGCAGCGUGGAACGUGGGGUAAGGAGGCAUACACGCGAGAGCCCGUUCAGAGUCCGCUACGCAGAUCGUAUAGUGACCAGACAUUCGGUAGAACCCCACCUGGAACCCCCACACACUCCAAACAAGCACUACAUUCUCCUUCUAUUAGCCGCUGUGCUGGAAGAGCGCCCCCUGUAGACCCAGAUAUGCCCCUGCCUGAUCCCCUGCAGUUCCCCAACAGCCCACCCAGCCUACUGUGCCCACAGAGCAUGCUCCAGGCGGCCAGGCAGCUGGGCCAGCAGGCAUCAAAGAAAAUCCUCCAGACUGUCUCUCAAAAAUACUCUUCCAGGUUCGGUUUCCAAGAAAACCCUCCACCUCAGCCAGAGAUCCACACUGAUCAGACCAGGAAAAGCACUGUGCAGGAGUCCUGGCUCAGUCCUGAAGAAGAGACGGGAACUGCAGUUGAGUUCAUCGUGCUUCGCAGACAGGUGGUGAAGAUGAGCAGGAGGAUAGCGGGGCUGGAGAGACAGAACGCUGAACGCAGGCAGAACGAACUGGUGCUUUUCUCUCUGCUGCUGUCUGCCUGUCUGCUUAAUGGUUGGCUGUGGAUGCGGAGAUAACCCUGCAGACCUCUGGCUGAUUAACUCCACUCCUCCACAUCCUCUCUAACAGGGCUCAGGCAAGCUGCCCUGCUCCUAAACCAUGUACAUAUACAAUACAUAGCAUAGGACUGCAUUGAGUCAAGAUAAACCAGUGUUGUAUAUGGGUGAGUUGAUUUUUUUUUUUUUUUUUUUUGUUGGGAAGGACUAUGAAAACAUUACUUUAAGUUACAAGUGUAUUCACAACUCUCCACUCCUACAAUAAACACAGAAGCACUUAUCAAUUCAAAUGUCAUAAAGGGAAGUUCCACCAAAUGUUCAAAAUUUCUGCAUUGACACAAAUAAUUCAGAGUGGUUUGAUGUGGUGGUUCAUUGAAGAGAAAUCACCCAGAUUCCUUUACAGUGGUGACGAUAAGGAACAAAGUGUCAAUGUCUACAAUACACAUAUGGACAUUUAUUUACUAUCCAAAACCACCAGCAAACCUACAUGUGUUCUAUGUUUUAUAAUAGGACAGUGGUUUCAGCCCUUUGAGUACUGUUUUGUCUUACAACAUUCUACAUAUACACGUGCCAUGAAUAGUUUUAUGGCAAAACCUUCUCAAAACUAUGGUAAAAUAAUCUAAAUGUUGAUGUUAGGUAAGUAUUUUGUACAACCCCAAUUCCAAUGAAGUUGGGAUGUUGUGUAAAACAUAAAUAAAAACAGAAUACGA